AUGUUUCAAGACUUGUCGGUUGAUACCAAGCAGGAACCUGCAGUUAUUAAAAACAUCCCAAUUCCUUAUACCCCAGAGUCAUUGAUACAAUCAUCUUCUUUAUCGAUUUCAUCAACCGCCUCUCCAUCUAAAAGACAUCAGCUGGUUGCGCGCCUAAAAGAGCGAUUAUCAGGUACUUUCUUCCGGCCAGCCGUACGUUAUGAAUACCCUAGCGAGAAGAACAAUUUGCAGCCUAAUGGCAGCACUGUUACCAUCAAUAGAAACAGCAGUAGUAACAACAACAAUACCAUUGGGGGCCCCAGAUUCAGAAAUACCAAUGCUCCUACAAUCAUUCCAGAUGAUUUAGCACGUAAACUUCAACAGUCGUUUCCUUACAGGGGGAAAAAAGAUUUGCGGGGGAUUGACGAUGAGGAAGAAGAAGAGAAUGGGCAACAACAGCUGUCGCAACAGAGUAUGCAACAACAGCAGCCGUUCUAUUAUACUGACAAUCCAACACAUACGUCAUAUGUUGCAAACCGGGGCUCUGCGCGACGUGCAUUUUCACUUGUUCGACCAGGUGCUAAAAUGGGCGAAAGUGGUGGAAACAAUAGCAGCACGCAUGUAGACGAGAGCGACUGUGGAGAAGCAAAUCAAAAAAAAAGAGGAUCAUAUUAUUAUUACCACGACUAUAAUGAUGGUAGCGAGGCGCCCUAUGAAGCAGACAGUUCAAUAUCACACUCGUCGCUGGGCUCUGGAUGUUUGUCUGAGUACAACCAGUUGGUUGGUAACCAGGGCGUUGGUAAAAAAGGUGAUUUUGUUAGAGGCAGUAGCAGCAGCAGCAACAGCAGCAGCAGCAACAUCAGCAGCAACAUUAGUAGCAGCAGAAGUAGUAUUAACAGCGGCAUUAGCAGCAUAAGUAGCAGCAUCAACGGAAAUAUUCAUACAAGAGGGCGGCUAACCCGACUACAUCGACUACGGUCUUUGUCACAGGCGGCGGAAGAAACCGCUGCUUCAUGGCGGCCAAGAUUGGGGAUGGAAAAAAAAAAUGACAUCCAAGUAACUGCCCACAAUGAUUCAAGCAACGUCGUAGACUGGUGUGUGAAGAUGACACCACAAGAAUAUUACUACCCGACGGUGGAUACGGCCACGCGUAACUUGUUUUUUAACGGGAAACGUGGUGGGCAAGAAGGUACCAGGGGGUCCAGGGACCAACCUUGUUUAGUGGGCGCCGGAAAAGAAGAUAGAGAAGGCGUGCGGGCCUUGUUUCGGACGAGCACAAACUAUAUGCGGCGGAUGGGAAGCUUACGGCGGUUAGGGGAACAAACAAUAGAGUAUCCCAGAGACCGUGACCCAGGGUACAAUGAUGGAUAUUAUGAAAAUGAUCAAGUGGAGAUUUAUCAAGACCCACAGCCCAUAUCUGCUAGCACUAUUGUAUAUGAUGGGGAAAUUGGAGCAAGCGGACUGUUGUCGCGUAAUGGCAGUAGGUAUACGGCGCGGUCUGCGCGAUCAGUAUAUUCCAAUACCACGGUGUCGUCAUCCAAGUCUUCAGCAGGUGGUGGAGGAGCAUUAUCCCAACGGACUGUACUACGGUCGCGCGUGAAUGGGAACAGUGAGCGUGAAUUGGAGCGGUUACAGGAGCAAGAUCGGCGCAAGGGGGACAGUGGUGGUAGUAGUAGUAAUGGCGUAGACAAAACUACAGGUUCUACCAAUACUCGAAGCAUUGUUGGGAGUAAGCGUCGGGCUGAGUCAGUCCGUGCACGACGACGGAAACGGCGGAUGGGUGCCAAAACUGACGACAGUAAUGGUGAUGACAACCAUGACUUGGACAAGUCACUAGCCAAAACAAACGCACAAUCGUUCUCGUGCUCACCAGGAACUACUCAAUUUAUUUUCAAUGACAUGCAAGAUGUGUACAGUUUAAUGAUGGCUGAAGACAGUGUAUUAUUUGAUUGA